UUUAUCUGAUUGGCUGGUUCAGUAAAAAAAGCUCCAGGUAAUUAACGCCAAAUCUGUGAGUGGCGCUGUGGUCAAUCGCAAUCGUGGUUUCCGUCUCUCGUCUCUCUCUCCAAACAGAGUGCACAAGUGCACCUAUAACCCCACUUUUCAAAUAAAGGCAAACGCUCGCCACGCUCGGUCUAGACUGUACCUGUAGAGUUCUCUCUUGUGCUUUGAUUCGGAUUUCUCUCUGUUAUAUCUGUUUAGAGUUCUGAGGAUAAGGAUUGUUUCAAUUUAACAAAAUAUUCGAAAGUAUUUGAGUGAGACAAAGGUGUUUAGAGCAAACUGCUUGUAAUUGUUUAAAACUUGAGCUAACAAUGUCAAGAAAGAUGGUACUUGGUCAAAAGAAUAGCAGCCAAUCUACGAUAGUGGGAUUUUUGGCAAAGACAACGAAGAAAAAUGUUAUUCCGCGGACUAGUACGCCAAAGUCAGUGGAGACAGAAGAAGAAGCUGAUUCAAAUGUGGAUUCAAAUGAACUAUCGAGUACGUUGUGCUUUAAUCAAGAAAAGAGGAUAGCUGGAGACUCAAUAACGAUAGACACGAUAAUAAAUAUUGAUAAUUCAGACACUUCAGACUUGAGCAAAAGUCCGCUUAAAACACGACCAAGUGCAAUGGAAUCGUAUCGUGUUAAAAAUUCAAUAGCGAAGGAAGAGAGAACUGAAAAAGAAUCUGGAUGUUCAAAUGUAUUGCAAAAGAAUAGCGAUUACAUGAAAACUUGUGUUAUCUCCGAGUCUUCUGACAGCGAGCAGGAAGACAAGAAGGACAUUAGAAGACGCUUACGUUUAAAUCAAUAUCCAAAUAGAACGGAAAUGGAAGAAGAUGAUGAGAAGAUGCGAGUUGUUGUUUCACAAAAUGAUCAUUAUGCUAAAUGCAGCAGUCAACAUUCCUCUUCUACUAGUAGUACAACAUUAUUGGUGGGAAAUAAAGAAAUACUUAACGACGACAAUGACAUUAUGUCUAAAGAUGAAGAUGAGCGUUUAUGGACUCUUAAAAAAUACAAUAUAAUAUCCAAUAAACAAGGGAAAGAUACUAUAAUUUCAGAUUCUGAUACCGAUAGUCCUAGCCCAAAGUUUAACGGCAAGAGAUUGCCGAGAAAAAAUUGGGAUGGCCCUGACAUUCGAUUAAAUCUGAAAGAUUUAGGCUUGAACAAAGAAUUAGGUUCAUGGAUUGACGUUAUUCAACAGAAACCAGUAAUGUCCACAAUACCUGUUACCAAGGAUAAAUUGCUUAAAAGACGCGAAGAUUUAAAGGAACUUGAAAUUGAAAUUCUUGACAAAUUUUUUAGCGCACUCGAGUUAAUCCCAUUACCAAUACUGGAACAAUUUCCAAAAUUUGACCCAGUCUCUUUCAAAAAGUUGCAAGGUCUGCGUCGACAUAUAAAAGCUAAAUUACGUUUAGUACAAACAAAAUUAUCAAAAUUACAAAAGGAAGAUGAAAAUAAUAUGUAUGAGUUUCCGGAGACAGCUGGGUCUGCAUCGUCAAAAUCACGUGAAACACCACGUUCAUGCAUGUCUGAGACUCGCUCGAUAAAUGACCAUGACACGUUUGACACAUCAUGUACCUCGGUAUCCAAAUGUACUCGUGCACCCUUUCGUCAAGGCUCGGCAAGCGUAACGGAAUCGUAUAUAAAUGCAAAGGAGCACGCGAACGGCAUGGAACCUAUGGCAGCAGUUAAGCCACCUGAAACUACAGUUUCAAAUAAGAAGAGUACUUUUCAAUUGAAAAGACCUAUCAAAACGGUAUUAGGCAGUGACGUUUCUAAAACAAUAGCAGACAUGUGGGACCAACAAAUGUCAUCUAAGACAAUGAAUUCUUCAGUGGAUUCCGAUUGUGCUUUCGUAAAGGACAUAUUUAACGAUAGUAUUAAAACGCCGUCAAGUAAUGAAAAAAAUAUGCAAGGAAAUGUCGUCUUGGACAGUCCGGAUAGCCCAGGCACCUGUCAAAGAUUUACUGCAAAAGUUGAAACCUCUCUCUCGAUACAAGAUUUGGAACAAUUCCCAGCUUUAGGAGAAGAUUGUAAUAUAAAUAUAAGUGACGAUUUUACAGAGUGGCCACAGAGUAGCAUGGCACAGAGUAGGACGUACAACGAUGAUGAAGUAAAAUCAAAAAUCGAAAAAGAUAGCGUAGAAUAUGGAAAAUUUACCGGCAAUUAUAAAAACGAUGGUGUCAGUGGAGAAUUUGAUGGUUUAACAUAUUCACAUUCGCAAGAAAUGUUAAAGGUAUCAGAAGUGCUGGAUCUAGCAUUUGACGAGAACACAAAUGAGAAGGAACGUGAAAUCGCUAUGAGUAAACUGCUUUUGCUCGCGGGUGACGACGCUGGUGCCGAGGAGAUCUUCAAAAAGGAAGGUGUAUCCAAAAUGGUUCACCUUGUGAAAGUGGAAAAGAACGAGGAAGUGAUCUGCAGAGCGAUUCGUAUUGUAACCGAGUUAUGCAAAAACAAUAUUAGUCGAACCGAGUCCGUUAUGAAAUGCGUCGGUUUGCCUUGGUGUCUGGAAAUAAUGAACAGUACAUCUUUAGAGAGAGUUAACGCGUCUCAAUGUUGUUUACAGAAUAUAUUGAACACUUACAUCAUCGACAUAUAUAAUAAACCCGAUUCAAAUUUCAACAAGGAUUUGUACGAGGCGCAAAAAAAAGUAGACACAAUUAUGUUGUACUUGUUGAACAGCAUAACGAGUAGAACGAUAACUGGCCCUGCUAGAGACGCAGUAAUAAAACUUAUUACGCAUAACAUUCGUUGCGUACCUAUGUUAGACUGGGCCAAACGAUUUGUCGAACUUCGCGGUGUGCAAAGAUUGAUGGAGGUAGCCAGUGAAAGGGAGCUAUACAAUAAAUACAAAUCCUCGAUGGACAUCACAUCCUCCACGCAAACUAUAACUAGUGUGUGUUUAGCAAAAAUAUAUGAAAAUGUGUACUAUGAUGAUGAGAAAACAUUUAUCAACGCCAUUGAUGAAUUUAUUGCAAAUAAACUGCAUUCGCUUGACAAAACGCGUGUAGUAGUUGCGAUAACUACCUUAUUAUUGGGUCCAUCAGAUGUUGGAAACGCAAUUGUGGCUAAAGAAGAGAUUUUGGGGAUGAUCCUCGGUAUGACGGAAACGGCAUUACAUUUCAAUGAUAUAUUGCAGCAAAAAGUGAUUCUCGAAUGUAUCAUUGCCGCUGUGACCAGAAAAGACAAAGUCCGCGCGAUCAUAAACCGAGGUGUUAAUAUAUUGAAAAAACUGUGUCAAUCCAAAGAUAAUUCAAUUCGAGUUCGAGCGUUAGUGGCUUUUUGCAAGUUGGGUAAUUCCGGAGACUCAGACGCGACUAUCAGACCGUUCGCGGAUGGAGUGAGUAAGGAAUUAAUUGAGGCUUGCAUAGAUUUUUCAUCUGAUUCGCCAAAGAAAGAAAAUAUAGAGUUGGCCGUAAAAGGUCUGUCGUAUCUGACUUUCAAUACGAAAGUCAAAGAGGAGUUGAUCGGUGAUCCAAGUUACAUUGAUUACAUACUCGACUUGACCGAGGAGAUCGAGACUGGUGAUCAAUUUCUCUUCGACGUGCUUACGAUUUUGGUGAACUUAUGCAACGCUUAUGACGAGCAAGAACCCGAGAUAUCAAAGUUUGUCAAAUAUCAUUUUCCCGAGGAAUCUGAAUUGGACGACGACUACUUCGAAGAAAGAUUGGGCGACUUAAUAAAUGAGAAUGUGAUUAGUUGUCUGGUUGACUUCGCCAAAACGGACAAUCAGAACUGCAAGGAAUUGAUAGCGCGCGUUUUUAACGCGAUAUGCAAUGAACAGAAAUUGAGAGAAAUAGUUGUUGAUGAAGGCGGCACGGAGGCAUUGUUGUCGUUAGCGCUGGAUGGCACAGUCGAGGCAAAGAAACAAGCUUCGCUAGCUUUGGUCCGUUUGGAUCUCACGAAACAUGAGGUUCUAUUGCCCGGUCAACUAUUGACGAAGGUUGUUAAACGGUUAAACCGAUUGUAAAUCUUAUGAACCUGGAGUGUUCCGUUAAGGAGAAUUGCCAGACUCUAACAGCUUUGUGAGUGGUCAAUCGCUGUGGUCAAACGGGACGCUCUCUUCUGCUUACCAGCGCAAGUCUAAAUCUAAAACUAAAAUCUAAAACUCUUUAUUGUCAAAUCUCAUUUGAGAGAGCAUGAUUCGCAUUAAAAGACACAUAACAAUGUUAAAAUAAACGCUUGUAUUUCUCGAGA